GUGGCGUUGCCGUACAACUUCCGCUGCUUCUCUACUUCCGUGUACGUUACCAGUCGAGCUUUACUAAAUAAUUCUUCUGAACGUACUGAAACCUCGAACAGUACGUCUAAUCGCUCCUUUACUCGAGUAAAAUAUCAUAAAUUAUAUCUUCGUGUCCUGAUAAAAUCGUUUCCGUGUACGUUGAAGCUUCUGGAGCUUAGCUUAGCUUGCUAGCUGUUUAUAAACGAGAUGCGUGUGUUAGCAACAGUUCGCUAAGCAGAGAUCAAGCGUGACCGUAAAGUGUUGUGAUUAUCGCGCGAAAAUGUGUGCACCAAGUGUGAAAGAAGAGUACGAAGAGAAACUUUCACGGAAAAAAGAAUACAACGAGCGACAACGUCAACUGCUGGACGCCGAAUUCAAGGAGCCUCAAAAUUUGUUACACAGAGCAGACUUCAGUGAAGAAGAUCUUCGUCCUGAGCAGCAGGAUCUACAGCCGUUUGAAAUUAAAGAGGAAGACGAGGAGAAUGAUAUCACCAACUUUCCAUUGAAUGUUGUCAUUGUGAAGAAUGAAGACGUUGACAAAGAAGAAGAUGAUGGAGACCAAUGUGGAGGAUCCAUAUCAGGCAACCUCUUAGCGCCACUAUCAGAUAGUGACGACAUAAUGUCACAGUCUCCUGACACUGACGACGACGAUGAUGAUGAAGAACAAUCGACAGGUGAUAUGACAUGUCCCACUGACAACACACACUGGAAAUGCUUGCAGUGUGGGAUGACAUUCAGUUCACAGUGGGAUUUGAAUGUCCACACGAGAAGUCACGCAAGAGAGAAACCUUUCAUUUGCUCAGUUUGUGGAAAACGCUUCACACGUAAGGAAAAAUUGAACAUACACACGAGGUCACACACAGGAGAGAAACCUUUUAUCUGCUCUGUGUGUGGUAAAACCUUUACUCACAAGGGACAUUUGAACUUGCACAUGGGAACGCACACUGGCGAAAAACCUUUUUCUUGUUCAGUUUGUAGUAAACACUUCACGCGUAAGGCACAUUUGAACAAACACAUGAAAAUACACACGGGAGAGAAACCGUUUGCGUGUUCAAUCUGCCGCUUAAGUUUCAGUGAACGCCCGGGAUUGGUUCUUCACAUGAGAACGCACACUGGGGAGAAACCUUAUUCCUGCUUGGUGUGUGGCAAAAGUUUCUCUCUAAGUCGCAAUUUGACAAGGCACAGAAGAAGGCACACCGGUGAGAAACCAUUCACUUGCAGUGUGUGUGACGAACAGUUCUCUUAUAAGUAUCAGAUGAACAAACACAAGUGUGCCGCUGAGAUGAGCGGCAGCCAGUGAACCUGCAGAACUUGAAGUCAACGAUGAAGAAACUUCGACUGCGUAACAAGCUCGGAAAUUUCGAGUGCUUGUGGUACAAUGGAAAUCUUGUUUAUGGAUUAUAACUAAAAUACAAGUCAUCUAACUUAUUUAUUAAUCACACUCUCUAAUUGGUUGAAUUUUUAAAGAUUUGCCUAUCAAUAAUUGUGUGUUUCAACUUUAAGCACUGAUAUAGCAAUCAUGUUGAUCAUGUGUGAUCUAGUAAUGUGGAAAUAAAAGAGGAAUAACAUGGAAUAAGAUCCAGGAGAGAGUCUUUUGCG